GCCGCCCUGAGGGCCGCGCGUGUCCCCGGCCGCGGCCCCGCCCCGCCCCGUCCAAUGAGAGCCUGCGACCAGAGGGGCCGUCCGCACACUUGGCCCGCAGCGCUGUUCGGCGCCGCAGACCCCCUGACACCGCACCCAGUGCUCGGGCAGCGCGCCGCAGACCCCGGGCUCAGCACGCCGCCGUCGGCUUCCGGACACCUCAACUUGAACCCGUCUCCGGGAUUCUGCGCCCUGGCUCCUGGACUCUGGGUGACCCUAGGUCCCCGGCCGCCGGCGAGCCCCAUGGCCCCCCAGGGGGGUGAGACAGGAGCAGCCUGAGUAGCCCCAGACGGUGCCCCGUCCCCGCCCCCGGGCUGCGCGGCGGGAGUGCUCGGGAAGCUAUGCUGAGGCCGGGCGGUGUGCAGGAAGCUGCGCAGCUCCCCUCUCGGCGCGCCCGCGCCCCUGACACCGCGCCCGCGACCGGACCCGCGGCCCCCGACGGCUCCCGGGCUUCGGCCCGCCUAGGUCUUGCCUGCCUGCUGUUGCUGCUGCUGCUGACGCUGCCGGCCCGCGUAGACACGUCCUGGUGGUACAUUGGAGCACUGGGGGCCCGAGUGAUCUGUGACAAUAUUCCUGGUUUGGUGAGCCGGCAGCGGCAGCUGUGCCAGCGUUACCCAGACAUCAUGCGUUCGGUGGGCGAGGGUGCUCGAGAAUGGAUCCGAGAGUGUCAGCACCAGUUCCGCCACCACCGCUGGAACUGCACCACACUGGACCGGGACCACACUGUCUUUGGCCGUGUCAUGCUCAGAAGUAGCCGAGAGGCAGCAUUUGUAUAUGCCAUCUCAUCAGCAGGGGUGGUCCACGCUAUCACUCGUGCCUGUAGCCAGGGUGAACUGAGUGUGUGUAGCUGUGACCCUUACACCCGUGGCCGACACCAUGACCAACGUGGGGACUUUGACUGGGGUGGCUGCAGUGACAACAUCCACUAUGGCAUCCGCUUUGCCAAGGCCUUCGUGGAUGCCAAGGAGAAGAGGCUUAAAGAUGCCCGGGCCCUCAUGAACUUACAUAACAACCGCUGUGGUCGCACGGCUGUGCGGCGGUUUCUGAAGCUGGAGUGUAAGUGCCAUGGUGUGAGUGGCUCCUGUACGCUGCGCACCUGCUGGCGUGCACUCUCAGACUUCCGCCGUACAGGUGAUUACCUACGGCGGCGCUAUGAUGGGGCUGUGCAGGUGACAGCCACCCAGGAUGGUGCCAACUUCACAGCAGCCCGCCAAGGCUAUCGCCGUGCUACCCGGACUGAUCUUGUCUACUUUGACAACUCCCCAGACUACUGUGUCUUGGACAAGGCUGCAGGUUCUCUAGGCACUGCAGGUCGUGUCUGCAGCAAGACAUCUAAAGGAACAGAUGGUUGUGAAAUCAUGUGCUGUGGCCGAGGGUAUGACACAACUCGAGUCACCCGUGUCACCCAGUGUGAAUGCAAAUUUCACUGGUGCUGUGCUGUGCGGUGCAAGGAGUGCAGAAACACUGUAGACGUCCAUACUUGCAAGGCUCCAAAGAAGGCAGAGUGGCUGGACCAGACCUGAACACAAAGAUACCUCACUCGUCCCUCCACUUCAAGACUACCAACUCAAAAGCACAAGAUCUUUGCAUGCACACCUUCCUCCACCCUCCACCUUGGGCUGCUAUGGCUUCUAUUUAAGGACUUGGAGAGUAAUCCAGAGGGACCUUGGUGUCCUGGCUGGUUCCUUAGCCCUGGGAAGGAGUUGAGGGGAUAUAAGAAACUGAGUGAUUUCCUGAUUUCCCCCGCUGGAGGUUUGAAGGGGAAGUAGAAGAAGUAGGGGGUCUUCAGAGUGAUAUGAGUUGCACUAAAGUACCUGGUUUAGGCUCCUAUUUCCUUUCCCUUGCACUGGCUUCCUGACACUUCAUGGGUAUGCAAGAGGAAGGGUUCCUGGAUAGAGCUUCUUUUUGUUCCUACCUGGCUGAAGGUAGAUGGGACAGAGAUGAAACUGCAUGUCCCUUCCCUAGAGAGAGUGUGGGCAGACUGCCUGGUCCUCCAAAAGAAACUCUUAGGCUACAACAUUCUUCUAUUAUCAACAGCCUGACAUUGCUAGAUAAGAGCCACAGUGGACCACGUUCCCAUUCACAUGGUCAUGUUUAUAAACUGCUGUGUUUUGUAGGGAAAAAAAUCAUAUAACUAUACAAACAUAUUCUCUCUCUCUUCUCUCCUCCCUCCCUCUCCCCUUUCAACCUAUGUAAGACAGCACUGCCUCUCUUCUUCACUUGCUGACUGUUCAAACUGAGGUGGCAUGCAGUGGUUCCCAUGCCUGAUCAUUACAACACCCUGGAACACUCCUGGGAGAGAGUAAUUUA